GGGUGAAGAUCCUCUCUCGGAGACUAGAGCAAUGUCUUUUCCAUAUCCAAACGACCCUACUUUCCCUGAAAACACACAGCAUUCAUAUUUGCGAGACACUACUCAAACCGUGAUUUCUGAUUCUUGGGAACGUGAAGCAUUUCAGUCGCAUCAGAGGGAUCAGUAUAAUCACUCUGAGUUUUCUAGCCCUAAUGGAUUCAACCAAAAUCACUCGAUCUCAGGAGACCGAAGGUGGGGCUCUGCUUCUGUGCCUUUUAGUGCUCCUCUCACUCCUAGUUACCCUUACGGUGUCCAAGGGUCAGCAUAUCAGAUGCUGCCAGAGAUGACACCAUCUCCUCAUUCAUCUGCGACUAAGCCUAAAAGGAAGCCACUCUACCUCUGGGAUGAGCAAGAAAAUCCUGAAUUGGAAGAAAAACGUCGGCGGGCAAUUAAGGCUUUCAAGAACAGACAGAAGAAUUACAAGAAAGAGGAUGAUCUCGAAAGGCAUCUCUACGACCUUGAGCAAGAAGUCAACGCCCUUCACAAUGAAAAAUACUCGCUGCAAUGUACAAUUUCACAAUAUGAAGAUCAGUUACAUCACGGUUUUCCUCAACAGGGACAGUCCGGAGAUGGCAGCUUCACCUCGUUCAAUGAAGAUCCCCCGUUCUGAUGACAGGAUCCCCGGUGUGAAGAGCUGUUGUAAAUCGUCCUUCAUCACUGAUUUUUAUUAAAUGAAAGGUUGUCAUCUUUUGUAUGCACAUCAUCUUUUAUAGAAAGCGAAGAUUAGUAAGCUAUAACUGUA